AUGGCCCCUCCAGAUCCUCAUCGCUGGACUUAUACCGAUUAUGUCUGCUUUCUCAGAAGCCAUGGUUUUCACAAUCUUGCUUGUUUGGACGACUAUCUUCGAUGGGGAGCCGAGGCUCGACAGAAUUCUUCGAUACCGCAACCUCAGAAAUCGACAUCCAUUCUACUGGAAUUUGGCACCACCGGCCUGAGAACUUCAGACCUUACCGAACCUUCCAAAUUGAGACUUCUGCUGAAGGAAUGGACGAAAAACCGGCCUGCGGAGAGCCCUCAGCUCCAAAAUGUCCAAGGUCGGAUUAUCAUGGUCAACAACAUCAAUCCUGAGAUUGUGGAUACAUUAGGCGGAAUCUUGAAUAUUGAACCAGCUUUCUUUGCGUCUCAUAUAGCUGAUCCUGGCCUCGGAAGCCUAGGAGAAGUCCACACCGGGUCACCACUCGCCUCGGCAAAUCUUCGUCACCAAAAGGAUUUCUUCAGCCUCGAAUAUCCAUGCGCUUUUGUUCCUGCAAAUUGUGGUAAAGACGUUGAUAUCGACAAAUUAUACUGCAAGGGGAACUAUCGUCGGAGAGUAGAAGUAUGCGGCAGAUACGGAAAGCAAAAAGUUGCUGUAGCCCGCCGAAAGAUUUCAUUCUACAUGAAGAAAACCCUGGAUCCAUGGUUAUGUGUGGUAUUGGUCGAUCCUCCAGUAUCAUUUUUCACUUUAGGAGCCGAACCCGCAUUCGGGGCCUAUUCACCAUCCCAGAAGCUCGACGUAAGCGGAUUUCAAGGUGGUUAUCUGGACUUCCUCGAAAUGCGAAAACCAGUCAACAAAGAUGACCACGACUUCCGGGCCUGUGGAUCGAGACCCAUGUGUCCCAACCCCUUCGACGACCUCUGUCGACACUGGCAGAUCAACGCGCGAGAAGGGAGGUUGAAUCUGACCGACAAGAACAUUGUCAACAUCAUGAAGCCAGCCUUCCAGAUAGCAGCGAGCGAAUGCGUCAAUUUCUUCGACUAUAUCCGAACCUCCCUAGAAAGCCAGCCGAUAUCGACAUCCCUGGCGCAGGACGCCAUCAAGACGAGAAAGACGCUCGACAGGUGCAUCGCGCUCGAUUCGAUGCUAAGCCGAUACAAGCCGAUCCUCACAAAGAUGAAAUCCUUCGUGUCCAGCGACUCCGACCUCACCGACGACUAUCGCAGUCUUUUGAUCGACUUACACCACUACCGCGCCGAAUGCGACUCCCAGAUGCAGCACAUCCUCGCAGUAUCACAGUGUCAAGACACCGCGGCUUUGAAUUCCAUAAAGGGCGAAUCCGUCCGCCACGCCGAUUACUCGCGAUAUCUGACCAUCAUCGCAUUGAUAUAUGCUCCGUUUGCGCUCGCUUGCGCCAUCUUCAGCCUACCGCAUGACUUUGCGCCUGCUGCGCACUACUUUUAUGGCUUCUUGCCUGCCACCGCUGGUGUAGCCAUUCUAUUCCUUCUCCUCGUGCUCCCUGAGGCCCGCGACCCGCUGCCCAGCAUCAAAGCUGCUCUGUGCGGGAAACUGACGAAGAAAAAAUUGCUGGCACCCAGGCCACCUAGCAGUCGGGCCAGUGUUGGCGAGAAGCGUAUUGUCGAGGAAGUAUGA